AUGGCACGCAGGGCCCAUAACAAGUCUCGCCUCGGAUGCCGUGUUUGCAAGCAGCGCAAGAUCAAGUGCGAUGAAGGCAAACCCGCCUGCGAUCGAUGUGUGACCACCGGCCGCCAAUGUUCGUACCUCAGGGACGCACCAGAUAUUCCAACACCUGCGUCGUCUCUGUCAGUUCCCAGUCGAGACGCGACACAUCUGCCGACAACACCUCAGCUCACGCCUGUCGCCCAUGAUGCCACGACUUCCCUACAUCAUCCUGAUGAGCAACCACCCUGCCUGGACAAUCCAUCACUCACGGAGAACAGGUUCAGUCUCGCACACUUGCAGCUGUUGGACCACAUUAGGAGUAGCAUGACGACUUCAGGACCCAUCUUUCACUAUGCGAUAGAGCGAGGCUACAAACUGGCCCUCCGAGUCCCAUACCUCAUGGAUCAACUACUUGCCCUUGCGGCAGCUCACAAGAGCAAGGUCGCCCUCGAGAACGGCGACGAAAGACUUGAGCGUUUCUUUCGCAUGGAGGCCACGAAGCUCCAGACCAGGGCACUGUCCGGCGUCGCCCUCGCCCGCAACGUAAUGAACAGAGAAAACGCAGACGCUCUCUACACCUUUUCCGCCUUUCUCGGGCACCACGUCUUGUUUGACACCUUUUCGGCUCGAGAGCCCCUUUCGGUGACCCUGGACAAGCUUGACCAAUGCUUCGAACUAAACCAGAGCAUCCGCUUCACCGCGUCUGAGGCCCUGCAAAUGGGUUGCAGCAUGACCGCUGGUAUCAAUGGCGCGGACGAGAGUUACAUGACCACGAGCCCGCAUGAGAGCGCCAGCGGUACCGAAUGCGCCGGCAUCCUCCAACGGCUGCGGGGCGGUGACCUUGACCAGGCUGUUGCCGACGUGUACUGCGAGACGGUCAACAUCCUGCAGUACCUGCUCGACACGUCACAGUCCUCUGCGAGCGAGCGAAGGGUUGGCGUCGUCCAAGAGUGGCUCGUGAGGGUACCGUAUGAAUACCUCACCUAUCUGCGACAGAGACGCCCCGAGGCGAUUGUGAUACUUGCCCACUAUGCCGUCUUGCUGCACCGAGCGAGGGAUUACUGGGCUGUGGGCGAGGCGGGUCGCUUCUUGAUCCAGGAGAUAGGAAGCUAUCUAGGCGGUUACUGGGCAGACUGGCUCGUCUGGCCGCAGCAGGCACUGGAGGACGGUUGA